UAUAAGCGCAAGUCCGGCCUCUUCCUUGUAGUGCCGCCGGGAUCGCUGGCCGAGGAGGUUGCGUAGCUGUCUCCGUGCUACUCGCGCUGUGGGCAUUACACGCUAGAGCCGAGUACGCGGACCGGCCAUCAUGUCACGUUACGGGCGGUAUGGAGGAGAAACCAAGGUAUAUGUUGGUAACCUGGGAACUGGUGCUGGUAAAGGAGAGUUAGAAAGGGCAUUCAGUUACUAUGGGCCCUUAAGAACUGUAUGGAUUGCCAGAAAUCCUCCAGGAUUUGCCUUUGUGGAAUUUGAAGACCCUAGAGAUGCAGAGGAUGCUGUUCGAGGAUUGGAUGGGAAAGUGAUUUGUGGUUCUCGAGUGAGGGUUGAACUGUCAACAGGCAUGCCUCGAAGAUCUCGUUUUGAUAGGCCACCUGCCCGUCGUCCCUUUGAUCCUAAUGAUAGAUGUUAUGAAUGUGGUGAAAAGGGACAUUAUGCUUAUGACUGUCAUCGCUAUAGCCGACGAAGAAGAAGCAGGUCACGGUCUAGAUCACAUUCCCGAUCCAGGGGAAGGCGAUACUCUCGCUCACGCAGCAGGAGCCGCGGAAGGAGGUCAAGAUCAGCAUCUCCUCGACGAUCAAGAUCUGUGUCUCUUCGUAGAUCAAGAUCAGCCUCACUCAGAAGAUCUAGGUCUGGUUCUAUAAUAGGAUCGAGGUAUUUCCAAUCCCGCUCAAGGUCGAGAUCAAGAUCCAGGUCUAUUUCCCGACCAAGAAGCAGCCGAUCAAAAUCCAGAUCUCCAUCUCCUAAAAGAAGUCGUUCCCCAUCAGGAAGUCCACACAGAAGUGCAAGUCCAGAAAGAAUGGACUGAAGUUCUCAAGUUCACCCGUUAGGGAAAAGUUAUUUUGUUUACAUUAUUAUAAGGGAUUUGUUAUGUCUGUAAAGUGUAACCUAGGAAGGAUCAACCAUCUAAUCAAAAUGGAUCUGGAUUAUUACUCUGUAAAAUUCACAGCAGUAAAUACUGUUUUUGUUGAAUGUAUUAACAUCUUAUGGUCUGAAAAUGUGGGGUUUUAUUUGAACGUUUAAAUAAAAUGUUUCUAACUAGA